GUGUGGACGAAGCGAACGCUCGAUGCGGGUUCUUGUGAGAUUCAGUGUGAGAUGGAGUGAGGGAGAGAGAAGGCUGGGAUAUAGUCUGUUGCCAGACCGUGAACAAACGUUUCCAGAGGAAAGAUACACAGCUCUGGCCGGUCUGGCGAAUGGCUAAAUGCUGGUACCCGCUGCCCGCUCUCUCAUCACGGCUUCACCAUCUUGCAGAGUUGCACAGGCUUACACAAACACAGGCCAGAGCCUCACCGGCCACGAUAUCUCUCACUGGUUGCCCUUCCAACUACAAUCUGUUUCCACAAAUUCUUCCUCCCUGGUCGACAGAUUGCAGACAAGAUGUACAAGAGACGAGAAAGGCCGCCGCAGUCGUGUCCAUGACGCCGUGCAACUUUGCAGAGAGCACCUUGUUCCAGCAAAGCAUACAUGGGUGAGCAUGUUGGACACCCGAAAGCUCAACAGAGAACCUUCAUCAUGUACCUACAUGAUCGCCGGGAUGAGGCAUACAUGCGGCUCUUUUACUUCGUAGUCGCUGUCUCCGGUGCCAGAUUUGCGACUUCCUGUUGUCGUGACGCAAAGUGCAGGACAUCAAGCCGAAUAUGUCCGCACGGUGCUCUGCAGACAAGAGACAGAAUC